AUGGCUGCAAUAGGAAGUGCUUUCCUCACUGGAUCUAUUCAAACCUUAAUUCAAACCUUAGCUGACAAACUUGUUUCCAAAGAGUUUCUUGAUUGCAUCAAAAACACCAAGCUCGAUGACUCACUCUUGAAACAGUUAAGACUAAGAUUACUCACUCUUAAAGUUGUGCUAGAUGUUGCAAAGGAGAAGCAGAUCAACACUCCUUCUGUCAAACAAUGGCUUGAUGUCUUGAAAGAUGCUGUCUUCCAUGCUGAAGAUUUGAUCAACCAAAUUAGCUAUAUUUCCCUUCAACGCCGGAUGGAGAGCAGCAAAACUAAUCAAGUGUGGAGCUUGGUUUCUUCUCCUUUUAAAAAUGCCUAUGGUGACAUCAAUUCCCAAAUGAAAGACAUGUGUGAAACCCUCAAACUUUUUGCACAACAUAAAGAUGUAGUCAGUUUGCAAACUAGAAGAAGUGUCGGAGUUUCUCAUAGAACACCUUCAACUUCUAUGGUCAAUGAAUCUGUCAUGGUUGGUAGACAAGAUGACAAAGAUAUAAUAAUGAACAUGCUGCUAUCAGAUAACGUCGUCACUAACAGGAAAAAUAUAGAGGUUAUUGCAAUUUUAGGCACGGGAGGUGUCGGAAAAACAACACUUGCACAACUUGCUUACAAUGAUGAAAAUAUUCAAAGACUCUUUCAACUCAAAGCAUGGGCUUGUGUAUCGGAGGAUUUUGAUAUUUUUAAGAGAAUUUUGAGGGGCAAGAGAUUUUUCAUUGUGUUGGAUGACUUAAGGAAUGUCAAUUAUAUUAAUUGGGAUGAACUUGUAACUCCUUUGAUUAGUGGAGAAACUGGAAGUAGAGUGAUCAUCACAACACGCCAUAGAAAAGUGGCAGAUGCUGCACGCACAUUUUCUAUUUUUGAAUUAUAUCCUCUAUCAGAUGAAGACAGUUGGUCUUUACUCUCCAAACAUGCAUUUGGAGGUGGAGACUUUUCUGAAAGUAAAUGCCAAAACCUUGAAGCAGUUGGCAGGGAGAUUGCAAGAAAGUGUGGAGGAUUACCAAUAGCUGUGAAAACGGUUGGAGGACUAUUGCGUUCGAAAGUAGAUAUUGAAGAGUGGGUUGAAGUUUUGAAUAGUGACAUAUGGAACUUACCAAUGGCCUAA